AUGUUGCCGCACAUCGCGAGAUACCUCUUCUUCGGGAUCGUGUCCCACGAUUCCCUCGCCCCAGCCCAAGACUCCUCCUACGAACCAACGUGCAAAUCCUACCCAGGCACCGCUGACUGGCCCUCCGCAGCAGAGUGGGCCCGCCUCGGCGAGUCCCUCGGAGGCGGACGACUUCUCCGCCCGUCUCCUCCGGGAGCUGUCUGCCAUCCCGGACAGGACGCCUACAACGAGACCGCCUGCGCCGACGUCGAGGCCCGGUGGAACUCGUACGAGCUCCACGUCGACGACCCCGUCUCCGUCGUCUGGAGCAACUUCGCUAAUGACUCCUGCCUUCCUGACCCGGCUUAUCUGUGCAGCGGUGACGGAUACCCUGCGUACGUCGUGAAUGCUACCACGCCGGAGCAUGUCAAAAUUGGUAUCGAUUUUGAGUACCACGCGGAUGAGUUCAAGCUCGCGGGAAGCGAAAUCACUAUCCCAGGAAGCGCGGUUACUGCCGGAGGCGGCACCGAGAUGUAUGACCUCUACAAAGCCACUGCCGAACACGGCCAGGCCAUUGUCGGCGGAACUGCCAAGACGGUGAGCGUCGGGGGGUACGCUACCGGAGGCGGCCACUCGCUGCUCGCGCCGCGUUUCGGUCUGGCAGCGGAUAAUGUCUUGCAGAUGGAAGUCGUCACGCCCCUGGGCGAGAUCUUGACUCUCAACGAGGCUCAGAACGCUGACCUGUUCUGGGCCAUGCGCGGUGGAGGAGGAUCGACAUUCGGCGUUCUCACCUCAAUCACCUUCGCGACACACCCGUCGCCGCCAAUCACCCACACGGCCUGGGCGAUGCUCACCGAGCUCAGGUCUCCCAUCAUCCCAGACCUCGCCGCCUACUUUCUCUCAAAUGUCCCCGCCCUCGAGAAGGCGGGUCUCGCAGGCUACGCCCUGAUCAACUCGCACAUGCCGAACCCCGUCAGCUCACCGGGCCUCCCGCCGAACGCGGCAGGCGUCAUUGGCAUCUCUCUGAUGCAGGAUGACACGGACCGGGAAGAAGUCAAUAGGGUCUGGACGUCAAUCAACCAGACCGUCAUGGAACGCUGGCCCAAUGUCACCUUUGCCAAGAUUACUACCGAGUAUCCGUCAUGGCUUGACUUUUAUGAUAAGAAUUAUGACAUGAACAAGGGCGGCAUCAACAAGCUGCUGGCUUCUCGUUUGCUGGAUGAGAAGCCUUUGACGGAGGAUCUGAAUGCUCUUGCUGGCGCGGUGAAGACGGCGACUGAUAAUGUGGGUGGCAUGUACGCCUUUUUGGUAUCCGGGAAGGGUGUGCAUAAUGCGAAGCCCAGGGGCGGAGGUGAUGCAGUGCACCCGGCGUGGAGGACUGCCUAUAUCCAUGCUAUCACUGCCGUUGGAUGGACUUCGUUCAAUGAGACGUCAAAGAGUGAGGCCGAGAAGAGUAUUUACGACUCAGUCGAGGGCUUCCGACAGUUGACGCCUGGUGGAGGUUCCUAUUUGAAUGAGGGUCUGUCAUACGAGGAAGACUGGCAACAUACCUUUUGGGGCACCAACUACGAGCGCCUUCUCAAGAUCAAAAAGACCGUCGAUCCAGACGACGUUUUCUGGUGCCAGCCUUGUGUCGGAAACGAGGGCUGGAAGCAAAGCAGUAACGGGCAGCUUUGCAGAGUCUAG